AAUAACUCUUAAUUCAGGAAUAAAUUGCAACUAUUUUGACCCUCAUCUUCCCACCCGUAAGCCCAUUGUACAGCACAAAAUCACGUUAAAAUUUGCGUGGUUUGUCGGCCCGAUCGCAACACGCACUCGAUCGAGCUAGAGCUGCUCUCCAACGCCGCGCGGUUGGACAUUUAAUUUUCACUCGCGGAACGCAACGGUCCACGUACGUUCCUCGUUCGUCCAACGUGUGUACUCGGCCGGCUUCACGUUUUCCGUACUUUGCGCUGAUUAGUAUCGUGCCAAUUCUGUCGCAUCAUGGCCCAAUCGAACAGCGAUGGCUUCCUCGCCCAGCCGAAGGGAUUCUCCACCAAGGCGAUACACGUCGGACAGGAUGCGGAGCAGUGGACCAGCAUGGCCGUUGUCCCACCGAUCAGCAUGAGCACCACGUUCAAGCAAUCCGGCCCGGGACAGCACGCAGGUUUCGAAUACGGCCGCAGCGGUAACCCGACGCGCGAUGUGCUGGAACGCUGCAUUGCCUCCCUCGACAAUGGCCGUUUCGGGCUAACGUUUUCGUCCGGGCUCGGUGCAACGACAACGAUCAUCACGAUGCUCCAGAACGGUGACCAUAUCGUGGCCGGUGAUGAUCUGUACGGUGGUACGAACCGGCUGCUGCGUAACGUGGCGCUCAAGAUGGGAAUCGAGGUUGAUUUUGUCGAUCUCACCAACCUGCAGCUGGUGGAGCAAGCGAUCAAACCGAACACGAAGCUGUUCUGGAUGGAAACCCCCACGAACCCGUUGCUGAAGGUGAUCGAUAUUCGUGCCGUGUCGGAGAUAGCGCACAAGCGGACGGGUAUCGUUGUGGUUGUGGACAAUACAUUCCUGUCAUCCUAUCUUCAGCGCCCGCUAGAUCUCGGCGCGGAUGUCGUGAUGUACUCGCUCACCAAGUACAUGAACGGACACUCGGACGUCAUCAUGGGUGCCAUGGUGACGAACGACGAGCAGGUGUACGAGCGUUUGAAGUUCUUGCAAAACGCUGCCGGCAUUGUGCCAUCGCCGUUCGAUUGCUAUCUCGUGAACCGUAGCUUGAAAACGCUCGCCCUACGCAUGGAACGUCACAAGAGCAAUUCGCUCACCAUUGCAAAAUUCCUCGAAACGCACCCAAAAGUCGAAAAGGUGCUGCACCCCGGACUCGAAAGCCAUCCCCAGCACGAGCUAGCCAAGCGUCAAACGUACGGGCACAGUGGCAUCAUGUCGUUCUACAUCCGCGGUGGCCUGGAAGAGUCCAGCAACUUCCUGAAGGCACUGCACGUGUUCACGCUCGCGGAAAGUCUCGGUGGGUACGAAAGUUUGGCCGAACUGCCAUCCGUAAUGACGCACGCAUCUGUCCCGCUGGCACAACGGCAGGUGCUGGGCAUCACCGAUGGGCUGGUACGGCUGUCGGUCGGUUUGGAGGAUGUCGAUGAUCUGAUUGCGGAUCUGAAGCAAGCGCUAGAAAAGGCAUAAAAAAGCAUGCCUGGGAUGUCUCACAGCCCAAAUAAAACGAAACUGCCGUUGGUGGGGGAAAAUUUUCGGAAAACCACGCCGGGCACAGUAACGCCAUCUAAUCGCUAUUUA